AUGGGCAAAAAGAGGUCCAGAGAGGAGGGUAAAGGCGCCCCGCCCGCAGACACGGAUGUGGACAAGAUGGACGAGGACGGCAGCGACGAUGAGGAUUUUGACAUGGUCAAUGUCGAGUUUGAAUGGUUCAACUUUGACCCCGAAAUCGACUUCCACGGCAUCAAAUCCCUUCUUCGCCAGCUCUUCGACGUAGACGCCAACCUGUUCAACAUGUCAGCACUCACCGACCUGAUCUUGUCGCAGCCAACAAUCGGCUCGACGGUAAAGGUUGACGGCAAGCAGACAGAUGCCUACGCCAUGCUCACCGCUCUGAACACACACGUCCAUCGCGACACCGAGCCCAUGAAGGAUAUCCUGAAAUACCUGGUCGACAAGGCGCAAACGAAUGCCUCGCUGGCCGCGGUCGCCGAACUCAUCAGCGCCGGUAAACACAUUGGUCUAGUGUUCUCCGAGCGCCUCAUCAACAUCCCGCCCGAGAUCGGGCCGCCGCUCUACUCGAUGCUCAUUGACGAGGUCGAGGCCGCCGUGGAGGACAAGGAGCCGUACGAGUUUUCGCACUACUUGAUUCUGUCCAAGACGUACCAGGAGGUCGAGUCAACGUUGGACGUGGAGGGCCGCAAGAAGAAAAAGGCCAAGGAGGAGUCGACGGCUUUCUUUUUCCAUCCUGAAGAUGAGGUGCUGCAUCAGCACGCGCUGGCGUACGGGAGCUUUUCCUAUACCAGGGAAAACGAUUCGGUGGCCGACAGCAAACGAGCGUUCCAAGAGGCGGGCAUCAAGCCUGCGGGACACAUGAUUCUAAUUGAAGCGAGCAAGUUUCCCGGCGCUGUCAAGGGCAUCACCGACUAUCUACAGCCGCGGUAG